AUGGCAGUCGCGGCGCUGGACGCUGCUGCCGCCCUGGCGCCGCUGGUUCGAGCGGCGGCCGAAGGCGCGGCAGCGGGGGGCGCUGCGAGGCACGGCAUCGCGGCCACCGUGGCCGCCGCGGCGCGCGUCGGAGCUGAGCUGAUCGGGGGCUGGGCUGCAGGUGGAGCUGGCGAUGAGGAGGACGCCAAGCUCGCCCUGCGGCUUCGGGCCAUCAGGCCAGCCCUGGCGCGCCUGAUCCGCGGCGAGAGGGCUUCGGGCGCCGAGCGGGCGACGCGGAACCUCGGGGCCCACACCUUCCUCGGUGAAGGCGCCGAGGUCCUCGAGGCCGCGCUCGAGCGGCCGCAAGCCAGCCAGCGCCGUGGGCGGUCUGGCGCCCUCGCCCCAAAGGAUCUGGGGGCUCUAAGCCGUCCUCCCUCUGAGGCUGGAUGGCGACCCAGCCUGGAGGCGAGGCGCCGCAGCAUGGCGCCGCCCACAGGCGAGUGCGGCUACAACGGCGAUGCGAAGAACGACGAUGACGGGCACCAGCAGCACGUGGACGAGCAGCAGCCCGUGCAGCUGCACAACCAGUACGAGAUCAAGUACGGCGUCGGCGACGACGAACUCGAGGGCUACGACAGCGAUCGCGGGCCCGAUGAGGUCAGCUUCGAGUCCAAGCCCGAGCUCGGCGAGUGCGCUGGCGACGGAGCGCAGGACGAUGAUUCCAGGCACGUCGACGACGACACCCCCGGCGACGCCUGCACGGGCGAGGACGGUCUCGGCUCGGGCAAGGUGCAGGCGCCCCUCGGCACCCAGCACGACGAGCCGAGCGAUGUGCAGGACGAGGGCGAGUACGAGGAGUUCACGGACGCGAACCUGGGCGCUGGCGUUGGCGCGGCGUCGAGCCCCGCCAAACCAGAGUCGGUCAGGCAGCGGCGGAGGCGCGGCCGUCGGCCCACGCGGGAAGGACCGACGGCGUCGGCCGCCAUACCGGCGAGCGCACGAGCACUCAAGGCGACGGAGGCAGCCGAGCCCGCCGCGUGCACAGCGUGGAGAACGGCUGCGAGGCGGGGGAGGGCCGCGACCCGCGGCACUGCCUUCGUCUUGGCGGAUCGUGCGCGGUCGGCGCCUGAGGCGGUUCCUCCACCCCUCGCCUCUGGCGCGCAGUGGUCGCAGUGGAGGCUCGAGGAGCUCGGGCGGGAUGGCGGCCCGAAGGCACCCAGCGCCUGCCCGCCGACCACGGCGAUGAAGGGGGUGGAGUGCGAGAGGGACUCGGCCGAUGAUGACGAGGCUGCAGAUGAUGAGCCUCUUGGCAACGACCCGUCGGAGUACGCUGUCAAGCACCACGGGCGCAUGCAGCCAGGUGUUGCACAGCAGGACCUCCAGGAGAAGGUCGGGAUCGGCUCCGCGGGCCCCACGAGGGAGGUGCACUUCGAGGAGGAGUGCACGUGGGCGGACUCCCAGCGGGUCCAGGAGCAGGAGUCGGAGGCCCAGGACAAGACGCCGUUGCGCGUGGACACCCAGGCGGUCUCCGAGCAGCAGUCCGACGUCCCCCAGCAGCGCGGCUCCGAGCAGCCCGAGGAGCAGCAGCAGUUCCCUUCGGAGCGGGCGGAGCUCGUGGCGCUGCGGGCCAGAUACAACGGGCUGAUGGCUGGGGUUCGCGCCGCCGUGGGCGCCAAGCUGCGCGCAGCCCGCGAGGCGCGCGGCAGGCGCUGA